AUGGACGCGGCGCCGGACCUCACCAUUGUCAUCCUCGCGCGCGGCGCCGAAGGCCUCCUCGAAGGGCUCCCGCUGCAGCUCGUGGACGAAGACGGCGACGCCAAGAAAGCCCGCAGCAAGAAGUACGGCUCCAACGUGCACCGGAUCAAGAACAUGUUCCUGCAGGUGGGCACGGCGCCGGGCGCCGAGGGCGCCUGCGACUUGGCCAAGGCCAAGGAGAAGCCCGUGCGCCUCUCCUUGCCCCGCGCCAGCAGCCUGGGUGACAGCGUGGAGCACGGUGCCCCCCUCAAGCUGGGCACCAGCGUCUCCGAGCGCGUGAGCCGCUUCGACUCCAAGCCCGACAAGCCCUUCUCCAAGCUGCAGGAGACCCGCAAGAUCUUCGAGAGGAGCCUGCAGGAGAAGGAGAGCACCAACAAGCUGCUGCUGCGCAAGGAGCGCGCCGGCUUCCAGGACCGCAAGCUCGACGUCGUCGUCAAGUUCAACGGCAGCACCGAGUCCUUGGACAAGCUGGACACGGAGGCCGUGUCGCCCACCGUGAGCCAGCUGAGCGCCGUCUUCGAGAAGGCCGAUCUGCGCAACAACCUGCACAAGGCGCCGGGCAAAGCGGCGCCGCUCAACGCCAAGCUGGUGAGCAAGCGCUCGCGGCUCUUCUUGCAAGGGCCGGACGCGGAGAGCCGCGCGGGCGCCGGCCCCGCGCGCCAAUCCCGCCCGCGGCCGGGCGAGGAGGAGAAAGCGCCGGGCAAAGGCAGCCGGGAGAAGGACGGUGCCAGGGAGGAGGCCGCGGGCCUCGAGGAGGCUGCCAAGGGGGAGCGGGCGGACGAGGGCGACCUCUACGACGAGUCCAAGAAGGAGGACUUCUCCGAGGCGGACCUGGUGGACAUAAGUGCCUACAGCGGGCUCGGCGAGGACUCGGGGGGCAGCGGGCUGGAGGAGGACGAGGAGGCCGACAGCCUCUACGAGCCCGAGUCCAGCUGCGUGGAGAUCCCCGGGCUCUCCGAGGAAGAGGAGCCCGUCCCCAACCGAAAGAUCCAGUUCAGCACAGCGCCCAUCCAGGUCUUCAGCACUUACUCCAACGAGGACUACGACCGCCGCAACGAGGAUGUCGACCCGUACGAGCGGGAGAAGCGGGUGGAGCGGCUCGACCUCUUCCCAGUGGAGCUGGAGAAAGCCUCUGCAGGGCUGGGCAUCAGCAUCAUCGGCAUGGGCGCCGGCGCCGACAUGGGCCUGGAGAAGCUGGGCAUCUUCGUCAAGACGGUGACGGAAGGAGGGGCGGCCCACCGGGACGGCAGGAUCCAGGUGAAUGACCUCAUCGUGGAGGUGGAUGGCACGAGCCUGGUGGGGGUGACGCAGAGCUUCGCCGCCUCCGUGCUCAGGAACACCAAGGGACGCGUCCGGUUCCUCAUCGGGCGCGAGAAGCCGGGCGAGCAGAGCGAGGUGGCCCAGCUGAUCCAGCAGACGCUGGAGCAGGAGCGGUGGCAGCGGGAGAUGAUCGAGCAGCGCUACACGCAGUACACCGAGGAGGACGAGGAGACGGGCGAAUACGCCACGGACGAGGAGGAGGAGAUGAGCCCCAUGUUCCCCAGCAGCGAGAUGGCCAUCGAGGUCUUCGAGCUGGCCGAGAACGAGGACACGCUCUCCCCGGUGGAGAUGGACCCCGAGAAGCUGGUGCACAAGUUCAAGGAGCUCCAGAUCAAGCACGCCGUCACCGAGGCCGAGAUCCAGCAGCUCAAGAGGAAGCUGCAGUGCCUGGAGCAGGAGAAGGCCCGGUGGCGGGCCGAGAAGGCCCAGCUGGAGCAGAGCGUGGAGGAGAACAAGGAGCGGAUGGAGAAGCUGGAAGGCUACUGGAUGGAGGCGCAGAACCUGUGCCAGGCCGUGGACGAGCACCUCAAGGAGACGCAGGCGCAGUACCAGACCCUGGAGCGCAAGUACAGCAAGGCCAAGAGGCUCAUCAAGGAGUACCAGCAAAAGGAGAUCGAGUUCCUGAAGAAGGAGACGGCGCAGCGGCGCGUGCUGGAGGAGUCGGAGCUGGCGCACAAGGAGGAGCUGGAGAAGCUGCAGGAGAAGGUGGGCACGGGGGUGACCCUGCGCCGGGCGUCCUCCAGCAAGAGCAAGAAGGAGAAGGGGAGCAACCGCCUGUCCAUGGGCAGCAGGGAUGCGGCCGAGGGCUCCGGCCGUGCCGCGGGGUCGCCCUUCCUGCCCUUCUCAUGGUUCUCGGAUGGCGCCAAGGGCUCUGCGUCGCCGGGCACCGCUUCGCCCGCCGGCUCCCGUGAGGGGCUCAGCCCCGCCAAAUCCGCCUCCCAGGAAUCGACGCUGAGCGACGACUCGACGCCGCCCAGCUCCAGCCCGCGGCUGCCCGGCGCUGCGGCCACCAAGUGUUCCUACCCCUAUAACACCUUGUCCCAGUCCUCGGACGAGUUCCUGGAUGAGCCCCCCGGCGCCGCCGCGGGCUGGACGUGCCAGCAGGUCGGGCAGUGGCUGGAGAGCCUCAACCUGGAGCAGUACGUGGAGGAGUUCUCAGCCCAUGGGGUCGAUGGCCCCCGGCUCCUGCACCUCGAUGGCACCAAGCUCAAGGCGCUGGGGGUGGGCAGCUCGCAGGACCGCGCGCUGCUCAAGAGGAAGCUCAAGGAGCUCAGCCUGGCCGCCGAGAAGGAGCGCAAGGCCCAGGAGAAGGCCGAGAAGCAGCGGGAGAAGCAGAAGAAGAAGGACCAGGAGCAGCGGAGGAGCUAGGGGGGGGCCAGCAGCGCCCCAGCA